ACAUUAUUCACAAUUCGCUAGAAUCUUAGAUUAGAAUUUGCUGCUAUUGUUAUUCGCAAAAAGAUUUCGUUGUAUAAAACAUUUGGUUUUCUAAAACCCUCCGUUAUUGUGAAAUUGUUAAAUCUGGCUGUGUCUGAAGGAGAUAUAGUUAAUACAAUGGAAGUAGACGUGUAUUCUGUUGCUGACCGGCUACCGCUGAUUGACGAAACAACAACUCUCGCUACACAGGCACCAAAAGACAGGUUGAUAGCCGUGCUGGAUCAGGUCGAAAUGCGUGUGGAGAGGUUGCGGCGUGACACCGUGCGCAUUGAAGAGGAACGGGAUUCCUUAUUGUCUACACUCGACAGUGUGAAACAUUCUGAUCUUUUAGCUGAUAUAUCCGAAUGUGAUAAGGACGAUAUCAAGCGAUACGCGGAUCGCAUCCUGGCGCGCGCUCUCACCGUGGAGGUGGCCGUUCGCACUGAGCGGGACUCGCAGCAGGAGGAGGCUCUGCAUCAGGUGAACAUGUUCAUAGAUCAGCUAGUGAUGUCGGUGCACGAGGAUACGGUGGUUGCCCACACGCGCUGUCAGACCUACAUGAAUGCCUGCACUUCCCAGCCCGAUCCUAGCAGUGGGACCGACAGGAACUUCGAGACCGCCAUUCUGGGCUGUACCCUCGACGAUCAGAAACGCGUCAAGAAACGCCUUCAAGGUCUCCUGGACUACAUCGCGAAAAUGAACGUCACGAUGUACUCGUGAGUGGAGGAUACCUUCGCCGAGCUACACAUAUGAGUGUCUUUACUGCCAGCUUUUAUUAAAACGUGGACUGGUGUGGAUGUGCCUUUAAAUUUAUAAUCUCUAGAAUUUGUGUUCCAAUUUUACGUUUUGUUUUUGAUAGUAAGGUUCAGUGAUUUGCAUCAUUCCUCAGAUCCAUCUUACUAAGAUUCUAGACAUGCAGCCGUAUUUGGAAGAUCAUCAUUUAAGUACGGGUUAAGUAAUUUGGAUUUAUUGUUGUGUUCAUAAUUGUUAAGACAAAUUUGUAUGAAAGGAAAAUUUUGAUACAUCUACUGGGAAAGUAGGUAAUGUUGAUUGUAUUCAAUCGUGAGUCGUAAUGUUACAUUCAGUUUUACAAUCCUCGGUGAAAUGUAAACAUAUUAAACAAUCAAUGACAACUUUUAUAUUUAAUAAUAGUCUGUUUAUUUCGAACUCACCUAUCAACCUUAUUUGUAUGUUUCUGUUUCCUGUAGGCGUAACAGACAUACUUGGUACAACUGAUAAAUUUUUUUGUAUUUGCAAAUAACCCCUGUGUAAAAUCAGGGCGGGUCACUAGUUUACUACAAACUUGCACUUAUUAUUUAUUACCUUCAGUGUAGUGAGAUGUUUAAUGAACAAUACUUCUGGAUAGUAAUUAUAUAAUUCAGAUUGCAAAUAGAUAUUUAAACAUUUCCCUUAUUGGGUCUUGCAUAGAUUUUGACACACAAGCUAAACUCAUUUAGAUUCCUGUUAACAUUACAGACUAAAACUAAGUAAGUAAGAUAUGUAUUAGAAAAUAUUGAUUUCUAGAAUUUGUACUUUUUAGUAAGUUUUUAAAAACACUUUUUUUUUCAUAUAAAUUUAACGUGAAAUGAGGGCAUGUCCACAUUCCUGCCAACUGCUAGAAGCACAAGCGUAUUUCAAAAAUAAUUUUGCAACUCAAAAUUAGCGAGUAUUUAUCGUACUUUACUCGAUGUUACGGUAUUCCUUAAUUAGCAGCUUUUUUAAUGUCUUGUUGUUAAAAACAUACAUAUAUUACAAGCUUAGACUUAUAAUUUUAAAUAAUAAAUGUAAAGAAUUGAAUUAAAAAUGUUGUUUAUUUACUUGUGUAUUUGCAUCUGUUCUAAUUAUUUUGUAAUUGAUAAAUUCUUUAUAAAAGAAUUUAUUAAAAUAAAAUUCCACAGUGUUAUGGAAAGCUGAUUGAGAAAAGGCAGUGAAAAUAUUUGAUCUUUCGAGGUGAUAUUAAAUUUAAUAGAGCACUUAAAAACAUUAACAAAAUUGUUUGUUCAUCGUUGCACUUGGAGUGCUCGAGGAAUUAUAUUAAUAUGAUUUUCUUAUGUUAAAUUUAGUGUAAAUUUAUAAUUUUCACUUCAUAUGGCUCUUGACCGUUGGGUAUAAUUGUGUGGUACUAUGAAGGUUUUAUAAUUAAAUUAAAAUAUUUAGAAUCACUAAAUCUUGCUAGUUUUAGAGUUAGCUAUUGACUACUACUACUCGUUAAGAUUUAAAAAAUUUGGCUAAAUCUCUAAUAGCAAGAGUUACUUAAAAGUUUAAAUGUGAUAACAAUUUUAGAGUCAUCAAUUUUUUUUUAAUAUAUAACUUUUUGAAUUUUAGGUGUAGAAAUGAUAUAUAUAUAUCGCAUAUAGGCAUGAUGUCAAUGUAAUUUGAAAUAUUACUAAAAAGAUUUAAGAGACAUUUUUGACAGAGUACUAUAUGUAUUGUGUAACCAACAGUCAUUUUAUAAAAUUUGUGCAUUGAUAAUUAAGUACUUUCAUUUUUUUCCAACUAUAUAUACCCACAUAACUUAAUAUUUGUAGCAAAGUAACCAUGGGUGAAAAUAAAUUUUUUGUAUGUAUCCUGUUAAAACUGGUUUUAACGGAAUCAAUCAUUAAAUUCUUUUUUUUAUAUUUUGAGGUAGUGGUUAAUUUUAAUUUAAGCUAUUUCAUUGUAGUUUUUAUAUUAUUUCAAGACAGAAGAGAAAUAAAGAUUUUUGACACUUAAA